GAAAGGAGCAGCCGUCGGGGUUCCCCGCGCGGUCAUGGGCCCGCGGGCGCUGCUGCACCUCUGGCUGCUUUGCUGCUGCUGCGGCUGCGGCGCCGGCCUCGUCGCGGGGUCCCGGGCCACCUUCGCCCCAGCGGAGCCGCCGAGUCGCGAGCCACGGGCCGCCGCCUUCCGGGAAAGUCUUAGAAGACACAGGUACUUGAAUUCUUUAUUUCCUAGUGACAACUCCACUGCUGUUUAUGGAAUAAAUCAGUUUUCCUAUUUGUUUCCUGAGGAGUUUAAAGCUGUUUAUUUAAGAAGCAAGCCUUCCAGACUUCCAAGCUAUCUACCAGAAGUAGAGAAAUCUAUCUCCAGUGUGUCUUUGCCACUAAGGUUUGAUUGGAGGGACAAACAUGUCAUCACACCAGUGAGAAACCAGCAGAUGUGUGGAGGAUGCUGGGCUUUCAGUGUGGUGGGUGCAGUGGAAUCAGCUUUUGCAAUAAAAGGGAAACUUCUGGAAGACUUGAGUGUGCAGCAGCUGAUAGAUUGCUCCUAUAGUAAUUACGGCUGCAAUGGAGGUUCUCCUCUCAGUGCUUUGAAAUGGUUAAAUAAGACUCAAGUAAAAAUAGUGAGAGAUUCUGAGUAUCCAUUUAAAGCACAAAAUGGUCUGUGCCAUUAUUUUUCUGCUUCACAUUCUGGAUUUUCAAUCAAGGGUUAUUCUGCAUUUGACUUCAGUGGCCAAGAAGACGAAAUGGCAAAAGCCCUGCUUGCAUUUGGCCCUUUGGUAGUGAUAGUUGAUGCAGUGAGCUGGCAAGAUUAUCUUGGAGGUAUAAUACAGCAUCAUUGCUCUAGUGGAGAAGCAAAUCAUGCAGUUCUCAUAACUGGGUUUGAUAAAACAGGAAGUACUCCAUAUUGGAUUGUGCGGAACUCCUGGGGCAGUUCCUGGGGAGUUGAUGGCUAUGCCCAUGUUAAAAUGGGAGAGAAUAUUUGUGGUGUUGCAGAUUCAGUUUCUGCUGUACUUGUGUGAAAUAAUGAACAGGUCAAGAGAAAUCUACAGUCCUCAGUAGGGCCCAGGGCCUAGAGCAUUUAAACUAAGUUCUAGAAGUUCCUUUACACAGAUGUGAACAAUCAAGGUCUUUCUGAAGAGUAGCAGCAUCAUGGCCAGGAGAAAUCUCAGGAACGUUCCUAUACUGGCGUGAAAGUCAGGUUAGGCGAUAUUGUAAGUGUUUUCACUUUGAAAUGGCUGUUUUCUAGUUUGGUUUAGUCAUUGUUUUUGUCUUCUAUUUGUUUAUUUUAAUGGCAUACUUCCUAUAGAAAUAAAAAAUAAUAAGAAUUUAUUUUAUUUUAUGAGCUAGUGUAGCCCCUUAUAAGAAUAACCAAAUUCGGUCACGGUCACGGUCACAGUCCUCCCAUUGUUCAUUGAUUUACUCGAGUGGGCCCAGUAACGUCUCCAUCAUGAGACUUGUUGUUACUGUGUUUGGUAUAUUGAAUAUGUCACGGGUAGCUUGCCAGGCUCUGCCGAAUUAGUUUUUAUAUAAUCAAUUUGGUUAUACCAAUUUAAAAUCACUUGCACUUUUCCAAGUCAUGAACCAUUGAAGUGAAGUACAAUAAAGAUUUUUAAAAUCAGUUAUUUUACAUUAACUAAUGGUGCUUUGUCCCUUGGAUUUUAUGAGAUUAACUCAUAUAUAUUCUUUAUUUUUUUUUUAAUUUUUGUGGAGGUCACACCCAGUGAUGCUCAGGGGCUACUUGGUUUCAGGGAUCUAACUCAGGGCAUCACACAUACAAUCACUUGAGACAUUUUCCUGGCCCCCAAAUUACUCUUUUUGUAUUGAGUGGAUUAUAAAUACCAAGAAAAAUAAAUACUUAUAUUUGAAUAAUAAAUGAUAGAAUUAUCUAAGUAUGACAAAAAGUAAUUUGCCUUUGUUGUUCUAGUUUGUGCUUAUUUACUUAUUUCUUUAUAAUGUAAAUGCUUUCUGAUACUGUCUAAAUACAAAAACUAUGGUUUUUUGAUUAGCAUCUUAAUGUCUUGAAUGAUUAACAUUUCUGAGUUCUUCAAGAUUUUGAUGAUAAUAAAACAAACUUUAUUUUUAAUUUGUGUUAUGAAAAAUAAGCCUCU